ACUGUACUGUGAAGUCAAAGAACAAGCAAGUCUGCGUUUGUUUUCUCAUAAAUUUUUAAGUGCAUUGACGAAAACUGUAAAAUAUUAAUUAUUAAACACUAGAAUUUAAACAAAAGACAAUAAACAUGUUUCCCUGGAAAACCGUCGUCGGAGGAAUUGCAGACAAAAUAAUUAACGUCACAAACAUGUUCAAGGGUAUAAAACAGAACGAAACGAUCAAUGAGGUUUUAUUCUACGGAGGCGACGACGAAGAAAGGAAAAAGCAAGUAGGCCUGAACAAUUUGUUUUGUAUUUACUACAUCAUUGCACACGCUGGUCGUACAAUAGAUAUUUCACUACCGAGCCUCGAAAGUGACACUAUCACAAAAUGCCUCGUAGAUGUUAAAGUUAAGAACAAAGCUAAGAUACGCGUAGCCGUACAAGAAAGCAGGGAUUUCUGUAAUCUUCAAAAUCUCGUCGACAGCGGGAUAGAAGUCAAAGUUGUGAAAUCGAAAGUGAAAUUAGAACAUGAAUUCAUAUUAAUUGACGCAGGACACAGUAAUUUAGAUGCGGUCGCUAUUUUGGGUUCUUUGGAUUAUGAAAUAAAUCGGGUAAAUUGCUGCAGAGAUGCUACUCUUCUCUCCUCAGAGGCCACGCUUGUUUUAGCGUUACAACGAGAGUUCGAUCGGGUAUGGAACGCUGAGGAAGAAACUGAAUUAUUUAAACAAUUUGACGAAAUUGAAGAAUUUAAAUAGUAAUUCGAGAAGCUUCAGUUACUUUAAUAAUAAUUUGAAUAUAGCAAAGUGAAUUCGUAAUUAAUUAUGAUAAAGUCAAAUAAAAGCCACUUAUA